GCGACGUGGAAAGGCAGAACAGCAUUCUGGUGUUGUCUGAUGGUAGAGAUUAAACUCCAGCGACCCAAUGAGAACGCACACCGUCCCGGAUCUCAGUAGGAGCUAACGCUGAAAUGAAAGCAAAGGGACGAACCGGGUAAAUACUUGUGUUAGGAAGAAGUCGUCGCCAUGGACGGAGGGCUGAUUAUUACAUUUAUAUCUGUGGCGAUGUUUGUAGGCUCCUUGAUCCUUGGAUUCAUCCCACUGUUGUUCAGACUGUCUGAGAAAAGCCUGCAGUUCGUUUCCAUCCUGGGGGCAGGUCUGCUGUGUGGGACAGCGCUGGCCAUCACCAUCCCAGAGGGAGUGGGUUUGCUGGAAGACUCGUGGAAAGCGUCAUCCUCUGAUGUGUCAUCCGGUCUAAAUUCCAGUAAAGAAAAUGGGACACUUACUCACAUGGCAGAGAGAGGCCUCCCACCUCGGUUCCUCAUUGGGGUGGCUUUGACGCUCGGGUUCACCUUCAUGUUUGUCGUCGAUCAGAUAGGAAGCUACCUUUCCACACGCGACCGGACGACUUGUUUGUCCAACAGCGUCCACCUCACGGCCACGUUGGGCCUGGUUAUUCACGCUGCAGCUGAUGGAUUUGCUCUGGGUGCUGCUGUGGCUACAGGUCAAGUGACCGUACAAGUUGUAGUGUUUUUUGCUGUGAUUCUGCACAAGGCGCCCGCCGCUUUUGGCUUGGUCUCCUUUCUGAUGCACGGUGGCCUCCAGAAGAAGUUCAUUCAGGGACACUUACUGGCCUUUUCAGCUGCAGCGCCUAUAGUUGCUAUUGCCACUUACUUCAUAUUACAUGCAUCUGGAAGCUCAUCUGAGAAUCAGCUCAGUGCAACAGGAGUGGGAAUGCUCUUCUCAGCGGGGACGUUUCUCUAUGUGGCCACGGUGCAUGUUCUCCCUGAGAUCAGCAGCAGCAGGACUGAUGAGCUGCCCUUGGACUCCGAGCAGCAGUCUGGAGCCGAAGCCCACCAGCAGAGACACUUGGGGCUCCUGGAGAGCCUCACCCUCAUCAUCGGUGUGGGGCUUCCGAUGUUGCUGGCCCUCGGACUGCACGAUGACUAAAAGAAAACAUGAGGGCAAUUUAUUUUAAAAGGGGGUGAAAGGAAAACUCUGAGCACCUGUACUGUAUGCCACAAUGAUCGGAAGACAAAAUGGGCUUUGACAGAGUCUACCUUGGUCCUCUUAUUUCAGUGUAACUUUGUGCCAGGCUGUUGUUUGGGUGUCAUAUGGCUUUCCAGGAGGUGAUACAGAAUCAGGUAACUAAUAUCUUUUCAUAGCUGAAUUGAGUUUCCAUUCAGAGAAAGCAGAAACAGUUCUCAUUUGUUUCCAUGGUCCGCUGAAGGCAUGUUGAGGUAUUAAAUAUCCCGAAAGGUGAAUAGAUUUACAGGAACAACCAAAUAAUUCGAUACUCUCUCACCUAGAAAAUAAGGUCUCUAGGGCGUACACUUUAUAUUAUUGUAUUUUACGGCUAAGAGUUUGAAAAUAUGGCCGGAUUUUCAGAUUAUAAAUGUGCAAUAAUACAAACUACAAAGGGUUUUUUUAUAAUGUUGUUGGUCUGAGUUGGUUUAUGGUGGGGAUCGUGUCGAGUGAGAGGCAGCCUGGACAGGUUACCGUCUGUCUGCUGUCACAGAGGCACAACCAACUGUUCACACUCACAGCUGCAGCUAACGCUAAUUUAGAAUGAUCUCUCUGACUCAGCGUUCAUGCUUGUGCAGUGUGGAAUAAGACUGGGACAAAACCAGGGACACGCGGAGAACAUCCAAACACAGAAAAGGGGCAAAGGUUUGAACCUCUCAAUGUGAAGUGGAAAUAACUGCAGCCAAAUGAGAAGACCAACCGGUAAACUGGUCCAGCAACUCUCAUGUUAGGUGAUACGUUAGACGGAGACGGGUUCCUGGCAGCAGGUGAGGUACGUAUCAAGAACUAUCAAGCAGAUUCUGGAGGUUACAGAUGUUUUACUGACUCACUGCCACUUAGAGCAAUAUUUACCUUUACUUUCCUUCCUUUCGUCUUUCAGCUCCUUUAGUGUGUGCAACAUGUGAAAUAUUGAAACACGUGAAAUGUCUUCUGGUUUUAUAAUGGCUUAUUUAUUUACUUGAUUCUUUUUUGUUUUUGUCACACAACGCUGUAGAUUGCAGCAUCGACUGACCUAAAGCUUGUUUACUUAUGUUUAACGUGUGGAGCAGAAUUCCCCUUUUAACAGCUACACUAAAUAUCUUGAGAUUGGUUUACUAUAGAAAAACUAUGAAAUUAAAAUUUAAAGUUAAGAUAUUUUACACUUAAAUUUGUCCUUUAUUCAUUAAGCUCUAAACACAGUUCAUGUAUGAACCCAUAUGAAAACACAUGCACAGGUUAGAGACCAAUUAGGUUUCCAUAAAUGUAACCCAUCUGCUCUACAAACCUUUGGAAGUGACCACAGAAGACAUGACAAAGGAGUAUUAGCCAAAAGGAAGGUUUUUGGGUUUAUAAAUGACAGGCCACCAAAUACCCUGAUUCAACCAAGGACUUAGAUUUUAACUACUUUAAAAAAAAAACCCUUCUUUGUCUUUAAGGAUGCCUUAAAUCACUGUCUGUGGUUGAUGCUGUCCAGUGUUGCUUAUUUAAGUUUUGUUUCAGUCUGAUAAAUAUGGAUCGCAUCCUGUUUCCUCCUACUGGUGGAAAAUUCCACUCUGACCCUCGGUGGAAGCUUGCCAUUGGUGAAACACCACUAGAAAAAAAUCCGGUGUUUUUAUGAACUCCCUGAUCAGGGCUCAUUUGCUGGAAUUUCUUUUGUUUUUAAGUUGAAUACCAUGCCAUGAGAAUAAAGAUUUCUUUAAUAUUGUCUGAAAAGAGAGUUCCUUGAAGUCCUUUGAUGAUUUGUCCUACAUGUGACCCCAAUUUGAAUACAGGAAGUGCUCCCGUUUACAGUUCAUGUAAUUAUUAAAAAUGUGACAUACAUGAUCACGCUGCUAAUGGUGAAAUCAAACAUCUGUUAUGGCCUACCAUUAAAGUGAUACAGCGUUGUUCUGUUUGAAUCUUGCACAUAAUAAAAAUCUUCAAGUGGUAUAAAGAUUUUAUAACACACUAGCAGUGGUCAGACUAACAGGAAAA